AUGGAACUCAUCGUGCUUCCUAUUCUCCUGUUCUUGCUGGCCCUCAUCAAUGCCACCGCAAUCCCCUCGUCUCUCAAUGGUGCCGAAGCUGCUUCCAGUCUGGUAGCCCGUAACGAGACCUCCGGCUCAGGCGCACUCGCCGACUAUCUCACCUUCAAUAUCAGUCCUAAUCCAGUCGGACCACCAUGCGGCAUGACCUGGGAAGUCAACAUCAAUGUCGAAUCCCGCGGCUCCGUCGGCGACACCAGCAACUCCUGCGACGCUCUGUACAACUACGUCACCUUGCCCUCGUCAUCCGUUUCCCAGACCAUCAGCAAGGACGUCAAUUUCGUAUACCUCUGUCCUCCUGAGACUCCCGCACCGAUUAGCGCCGAGGGUUAUGGUUCCCGCGACAUCAAGUUCAUCGUGCAAGGAACAUCAGACUUCCCCGGUAAUCAGAACACAUUCUUGGCUCAGUUGCAGGUCUUGAAUAUCGACGACAGCCCCGAGACCAAUAUGAACUUGCCCGUCGAGAUUGGAUAUGCCAUCAACGACAACGCGGACCCGCAGAACCAGCUUACCUUGCGGUACAUCAUCUGCCCGUGA